UUCUCCUUUUAUUAUUCUGUUAUACCCACCAUCUAAUUGUGUGUUUCAUAAAAAGACAAGUCUCAUCUCUCCCAUUUGCCUGGAUCUUGAAUACCAAAAUCAAUGGCCAAAUAAGGAUUGUUUUUGCUAUUUCCAAAGCUCCCCCACAUACACCUUCUCUUUAAUUAGGUUUUUUGUUCUUUUUUGCCCCUCUAAUUUUGGCAAAAAUGUCACCAGCUUUUUGCAAAGCUUGUCCCCCAACAUAAUCUCCAAAAUAGAAAGCCUUGUGCACCACUCAACAGAAAUUAGGUCAACCCCAUUUUCUUACACAUCCAUCUCUUUAUAUUUUGGUUUAAUUAUUCUGUGAAGUGGGUAAUUCUUGAAAAUAUUGAUUGAGGAGUAUAUAUAUUCAAAAUGGUUAAAGAGAAAAUUCAGAUCAAGAAAAUUGAUAAUGUUACAGCAAGGCAAGUCACUUUUUCAAAGAGAAGAAGAGGGCUUUUCAAGAAAGCUGAAGAACUUUCAGUUCUAUGUGAUGCUGAUGUUGCUCUCAUCAUUUUCUCUUCUACUGGAAAACUCUUUGACUAUUCUAGUUCCAGUCAUGCAAAAGGUAUUGCAGUUCUUUGUAUGGAGCUAAAACUCCUUCGUGCUUUAAAGAACAGCAUGAAAGAAAUUCUUGAAAGGCAUAAUUUGCUCUCAAAGAAUCUGCAUAAAUUGGAGCAGCCUUCUCUUGAGCUGCAGCUGGUAGAGAACAGCGAUUACGCUAGAUUAACCAAGGAAAUUUCUCAGAAAAGCCAUCAACUGAGGCAAAUGAGAGGAGAAGAGCUUCAAGGAUUAAGUAUUGAGGAGUUGCAACAAUUGGAGAAGUCUCUUGAAGCUGGAUUGAGCCGCGUCAUUGAGAAGAAGGGUGACAAAAUAAUGAAAGAGAUCAACCAGCUUCAAGAAAAGGGCAUACAACUAAUGGAAGAGAAUGAAAGACUGAAACAGCAGGUGAGGGAGAUAUCGAUCAACAGCAGCGAACAUCCAGCAAUUGUAGUAGCAGUUGAAUCAGAAAACAUAUAUUACGAGGAACGUCAAUCCUCUGAGUCUGUCAAUAAUGCAAGUAACUCUACUAGUCCCCCACCACUAGAGGACCACAGCUCCGAUACUUUUCUAAAGCUCGGGCUGCCUUACCCAGGCUGAAGGGGAAAGGCAAAAUUAGCUAACAGUCAAAAGCAAGGUCACCAUCUUCUGUGUGCAAUGUGGCUGACUGAAAAUAAGUACCGACUAACUACUGAAAUGUGGAAUGUAAAAGCUAACUCAAGAAAUGUAUAUGUGUGACUACCAACUAUUGACAACAGUUGGAAAUUGAUAUUAUGUCAUUGUAAUGUAACUUUUUCUUUGUGAAAGUAUCUAUCUUCGUCUCAAAUUUUUUGAGUC